AUGGCCCAAACCAUGAAGCCCAAGACCAGUCCUGGUACGUUGCAUGUACCAGAAGUACGCCUAGCGUACCAGGUGGCUUGCCUAAUCGAGGACUCGAAGGCAAGGCGCCGCUUGCUCUAUAGUUCACGAGCAGAGAAGAAGAAGAACCACCGCUGCUUUGCUACUCCACAACUCUGUUAUCUUCGUCUUCCUCUGCCUUUUCCGAAACAGCUACAUAGGGUUAGAAUGGAGACAACAAAUAUCAGAGACGUGUUGACUUCGUUCAGUCCAUCGUUAGAUUUCCUUGCUAUCAGCUCCGGCGAUGGUCGAAUUAAGAUUUGGGACACAAUCAAGGGUCAUGUGCAAACAGACUUUGCAAACAUCGUGUCAACAGAUGAAACAGACUUUUUUGCUAAACCAGAAGGUGGACACUUAUCAGUUGAUUACACUUGCAUGAAAUGGCUUUCCUUGGAGAAAAAGAAAAAAAGAAAGCUUCGAAAUUCUUUGCUAAUUUUAGGAACUGGAGGUGGUGAUGUUCUUGGCUUGGAUGUUUCUGCUGGCCAAUUGAAAUGGAGGGUUAGUGAUUGUCAUCCUGGGGGUGUCACUGCUGUCUCAUUUCCUACAAAUGGAUCAUGUGUGUAUACUGCUGGUGUUGAUGGGAUGAUAUGUGAACUUGAUUCCAUUACAGGAAACUUAUUGGCCAAGUUUAAAGCCUCCACAAAAGCUAUAUCUUCAAUGUCUGUUUCACCAGAUGGGAAGGUUUUAGCAACAGCUGCAGCUCAAUUAAAGAUCUUCAGCUGUUCAGAUCGCAAAAAGAUGCAGAAAUUUUCUGGGCAUCCUGGGGCUGUUCGUUGUAUGACCUUCUCUGAUGAGGGUAAAUACGUAAUUUCAUCCGCUUCUGGUGAGCGAUAUAUCGCGAUAUGGGAAGUAGAUGGUAGCAAAAAGAAGUCAUCUUGCUGUGUUCUUGCAAUGGAUCAUCCUGCCAUUUUUAUAGACACAAAAUCCAUUGGUGUCGAGGGUCUUUCUGUACUUUCCAUUUCAGAAAUGGGUGUUUGUUAUCUCUGGAAUGGAAUCAACAUGGAGGAAUUACGCAAUUCCAUUCCCACAAAAGUAUCCAUGGAGGACAAUCUUUCCUUCAAAGGAUCAGUCCCUGCAAUCUUCUCUGCUAAACUACAGAGCUUUUCAAAACCUGCAACUGGGAAUCUUUUUCUUGCACAUGGUUUAAUAAUAAAACCAUCUUUUGAGAAAAUUACAUUACAAUGUGGUUCAGAUGUGAUGCUAAAGAGCUCCCUUGAUGGAAUCCUAAUUCCGUUGACCCAAUCUCAAAAGUCAAAGAAAGGGGUGGAAAACAAGAACCAAAUUACAGCUUUAGAUCGUGCAAAUACUGAACAUGCAUUGCUUCCUGUUCUCAAUAUUUCUAAUGCUGAUGAUGGAGAUAGCAGAGAUAUGACUUCAAGUAAAGAUAAUAUGGAAAUGGAUCAAGUUAAAUUGUGUCUUGAAGAUCGGUUGAGAACAGAAGGCAUUCUCAGUAGUGAUAAUGAUUUUACUUCUAAUAAAUUACAAUUAUCAAAGCCUUUAAAGGGUGUUAAUCUUGAAGAUAAUAUGCCACAAAAACAGAUGAUAGCAGCUGUUUCAUCUAUGACACCUGAUGAUGCAUAUACAUUGUUGAAAGUAUUGUUGGCCAUGUGGCAAUCAAGUGACUAUAUAAAAUCUCAAGAACCCACAUCACAGCUACUGGAUUCAUUGUACAAGCUUACAAAGUCAAAAGGGGAGGUUAUUCAGUCCUUACUGCAGUUAUCAGGACGCUUACAGCUUUUUACAGCACAGAUUAAUAAGGCUGCUGAUAAAAGCCAAAUAUUGAAACAAGAGGAAGAAAGUGAAGAUGAAGCAGAAGAAGAAGAAGAGGAAUUACUUUAUGAUGAAGAAGAUGAAUCAUCUAGUGAUGGAGAUAAUAAUAAUUAGGUCAGUUUUCAAUCAUUUUCCUCAUGUAGAAAUUUAUAUUUUUUUUGAGGUAUAAUUUAGAAAAUUUUCCAUUAAAUUUUGUGUUAAGUAGUUAUGUUUGUUUGCGAAUUUGGUGUCUCAAAGUUUUCCUUCUUGUUUGGGACAUGAGUAACUUUUUCGUUUAUUAAUUAUUUAGUCUUCUGGCCUAAGGGUAAAAAUUACUUUUUUGUAAGAUUCUUUCAUUGCUUUUAGACUAGGUAUUUUAGCGUUUGACUAUUAGUCAAACAUUCUUGAUUUUUUUUGUCUUUCAACUUGAUUUUGUGGCCACAAGAGAAUCGAAAAGUAAAAUGAGUGGAACAAAUGAAUAUAUGGACAAAAACUUAGUACACGAAUGAAAAAGACUGGAAUGAUUAGGACUUGUCACAUUUGCAUCCCGAG